UUCGAAAUAGCCAUCUCGCAGCUCAUCCACCAUCCCGAAUACAACUCGACUUUGAUCUUGAGAUCGGAAGUUGUUGAAGAGACAGAGUCAGAUUUCGUGGAGGCGGUUCCACGUUUGGAGGGAUACCACCCUGUCCAAUGUAUUCAUCGCCGACUGCUUCCAAGAAGACCAGGAAGAGAUGCGGCUUUGGAGCAAUACUGUUCCCUGCAUGCUUCCGAGUCCGGAAACCCACACACGCUUAUCCUUACCCCCAUUUUGGCACCAGGCGCGUCCCUACCCUACUACCAUCCCUCCGUAUCGCACCUUGCAUUCCGCUACAUCCAUUCGCCCAUGAACACCGAUACAUCCCCCAGACUGCGCAUCGAAGCGCUCCCUCUGCCGGAUACCCCAACGGAUCUAAACUCCCGAUUGUACCGCACCUGCCUAGCCCUCCUAGACACGCUCCACCGAUACGGAUGGGGUGCGAUGACGAAUUACAAGAAACGGGUCCAGCACGACUGCUUAGUCUCGCGGGAGGCUUAUCAGGAUUUGUACCUGGUUAUGAGGGAGCGACACAAAGGGCUGGUGGAUACGUGGCAGGAAGUUACGGAUCCGUUGAAGCAUGUUUUUGAGGAUAUUGGGAUCGCAACGUACUUGAUGCUCUUGUGGAAGGAUACCUUCUCGACUUCGGGAUCAACUGUGAGCUGGCCGCGACCACCUGGGGGCUUCUUAGAUCUGGGAUGCGGAAAUGGACUCCUCACGCACAUCCUCACAGCAGAAGGCUACGUGGGCUCAGGCGUUGAUCUUCGGGCACGUGCGUCCUGGUCACACUACCCCGUUGAAACUCAAGCCCAGCUGCACGUCCACGCUUUCGACCCCACUGACGACGCUCUGGAUCCAUCCUUCAUCAGCCUCAGAAACGCGUUCAUCAUUGGCAAUCACGCCGACGAACUAACGCCCUGGGUCCCAGUCCUGGCAACGCUGCACGAUGCAGCUGGGUACCUCUCCAUCCCGUGCUGUACGUGGAACCUUAACCUUGGUGGGGAUGGGAGCAACGGUAGCUCGUAUUCGAUGUAUCGCAUCUGGCUGGCAACGCUGAGUGUGCACUGCGGGUGGGCCGUGGAGUGUGAGACGUUGAGGAUUCCCAGUACGAGGAAUUGGGCAGUUGUUGGUGUGUUGUUGCGUCGUUCUUUCUGCUCUAUCUCGUGCUGA